AUGGCCUUCACAGUCUUAUCAGACAACAACGUGAAGCAACUCUUCCAGAGCUUCGGCCCAGAAGACGUGGCCCGCAUGGCAGACGUCCUCACCGACGCCUUCCUCGCCUACUCGGUCGGCCCCGAAGCGCAGUACCAGCCCCACCGCGCCGCCGUCCUCCGGCCCGACGGGACCACCGGCCUCUUCAUGCCGGCCACAAUGGAAGGCGGCAUGUCCGUCAAAAUCGUGGGCCUCCCGCCGCCGACCUCGGCCACCUCUGACCUCCGCUGCGUCCUCACAAUCUGCGACGGGACCGGCCGGGCCGUCGGCAUCAUCAACGCCGAGGAACUCACGGCGUUCCGCACCUCGCUCGGCUCGAUCCUGCUGUACAGGUACCGCAAGGCGACGGCCAACAUUGUCGUCUUUGGCGCCGGGAAGCAGGCGCUCUGGCAUCUCCGGCUCGCGCUCGUCCUCCGCGGCCAGGACAUCAGGACCAUCACCAUUGUGAACCGCUCCAAGGAGCGCCCGGCCCAGCUCGUGGCGCGGCUGCAGGCCAUGGGCAAGGCCAGCGGCGUCGGGGACACCGACGCGGUGACGUUUACCAUCAUCGAGGCGGACCCCGACAGCGCGCCGGGCCACGCGCAGCUGCGCUCCGCCGUUGAGGAGAGCGACGUCAUCUUCUGCACCACGCCGUCGACGCAGCGCGUGUUCCCGGCGGAAUGGUUGACGCUGGAGCGCGGCGCGGCCAAGACCCGGUACAUCGCGGCCAUCGGGUCGUACAAGCUCAACAUGAAGGAGCUCGACCCGGACUUCCUCCGCGCCGUCGUCGACACACCCCUCGGAGCCUUCACCUCGGCGGCCCGGGGGGGCGCCGCCAAGAAGACCGGCGUCAUCUUCGUGGACAGCCGGGAGGCCUGCUUCUUGGAGGCUGGGGAGCUGGUGGAGGCCAAGAUCCCAGCCGACAAGAUCACCGAGGUGGGAGAGUUCACUGAUGCGCUUCGCAGGGCGGACGAGACGGAGGCGGGGCUGCUGCGCGAGUGGCUUGAGAAGGGGUUGAUUGUGUACAAGAGCGUCGGCAUUGGUAUCAUGGACUUGUCUUUGGGCAAGGUUCUUCUCGAGCUGGCGGCCAAGCAUCAGGUCGGCACGAUAUUGCAGGAGUUUUGA